CGCAUCCCUCGGUUUCAAGCCUCUCAAUUGCAAUUUGCCACUCGUAACCCCGCGCCUAGGGUUUUCUCGUUGAAGCUUCUCAUCUCGAGACAGGGGCAGCGGCGGCGGCGAGAGCGAAGAUGAGCAACGCAAAGCAGCAAGACGGCCUUAAUCUCGCCGAUCUGGGCGCCGCUUUGAGUGCGGGGGAUAGAGCUGGUCUAGUCAAUGCUCUAAAGGACAAGCUCCAGAGUCUGGCAGGGAAACAUACUGAUAUCUUGGAGACGCUCAGCCCCGCGGUUAAGAAACGUGUCGAGUUUUUGAGGGAGAUUCAGAGCCAACAUGAUGAGCUUGAGGCUAAAUUUUUUGAAGAGAGGGCUGCACUCGAGGCUAAAUAUCAGAAAUUUUAUGAGCCAUUGUAUGCAAAGAGGUAUGACAUUGUAAAUGGUGUUGUUGAAGUUGAAGGCAAUAAAGUUGAAUCUGCAGAUGAAAGCGACAAAGCUAAUGAAGAAAAAGGUGUCCCUGGCUUUUGGCUUACUGCUAUGAAAACAAAUGAAGUGCUAGCAGAGGAGGUUCAAGAACGUGAUGAAGAAGCCCUGAAAUAUCUAAGGGAUAUAAAGUGGUGCAGAAUUGAUGAGCCCAAGGGUUUUAAACUGGAAUUUUUCUUUGAUACAAACCCUUUCUUUAAAAACGCUGUUCUGACAAAAACAUAUCAUAUGAUUGAUGAAGAUGAACCGAUCUUAGAGAAAGCCAUUGGAACUGAAAUUGAAUGGCUUCCAGGAAAAUGCUUGACCCAAAAGAUUCUUAAAAAGAAACCCAAGAAGGGCUCUAAGAAUGCUAAACCCAUAACAAAAACUGAAGAUUGUGAGAGUUUUUUCAACUUUUUCAAUCCACCACAAGUACCUGAUGAUGAUGCAGAUAUUGAUGAGGAUACAGCUGAGCAAUUGCAAGGUCAGAUGGAAGUAGAUUAUGAUAUUGGGUCCACAAUUAAAGACAAAAUAAUUCCCCAUGCGGUUUCAUGGUUCACGGGAGAUGCUGUCCAAGACGAAGACUUGGAAAUAGAAGACGAAGAGGAUGGGGAUGAUGAUGAGGACGAUGAAGAAGAGGAUGAGGAUGACGAGGAAGAUGAUGAGGACGAGGACGAUGAUGAAGAUGAAAAAAGCAAGUCCAAGAAAAAGUCAACUUCAGGGCACAAGAAGAAUGGAGGAGGGGAGCAAGCUGAACGGCCAGCCGAGUGCAAGCAGCAGUAACAUGUACUCCUACAAGGUGUUCGUUAAUGAAUUCAGUAUCUCGUGGCCUGGAGUUUCCGCGGAUAGGCAGCAGCAUAAUUUUUGAAAAGAAUCAGUCCUUUAUUCUGCUAUCGUUGUAUCUGGGGCCCUUUCGGAUAGUUGGUCUUCUAUAGUUAUGGUGUACUUGAAGAUUGUUUGGAGUUUAUCUGUUUUUUCUUCUCCUGCUUGAUUGGACUCCUGUGAUAUCCAUUAGUUGGCAGUAUUAUUUUUGGUUGAGAUUAAAA